AUGACUGUUGAGACAGAAACCGUCAGCUCUAUUCCACAAUCGCAGAUUGCUACCAUCGACCGUUCUACCUUGGGUAGGCCCGAUCUAGGAGGCUCUCUUCGCAUGAAGCCCAGCACUGAGACGAUACGACCGAGAAAGGAGAGAAAGCGAGCGACGCGCAAAGCGCCCUCGAUUAACAACGGAACGGCCUCCUCCAAAGCCGAUAUAUUCGAGGCCAGAGUCGCGAACGCCGUCGAUGAAGCCAAUUCGUCAGACUCAGACGAGACGUUUGUAUACGAAUCAAAUCCGCCGGAGCCACAGCACAGAGCUAGUCGACAUCAUUCGCGCACACCUAGCGGAACAUCGCUCCAUAGCCAGAGCGACUUCCGCCAUGGAAUGCGACCUUAUGGCGAUCAUCGUAUCGCAGGCAAGCGGAGUAUGAAAUUCUCUAACAAUCCUUAUAGCGUUUUGGACAGUCCUGAAGCUAUGGGCGAUGGCACUGUUCGGGCCCAUCAUGCCAGGCAUAUCGGUAGAUUCGGUCGUCCUGGCGGCAGCAGUCGCGCUUCUCUAUACGACCCAGACUCGCCCUUUACUCAAGCUUCUAAGCUGCGCAGCACCACAUUGUCUGUUUCGGAACGAGCACCCUCACGCCCUGGUACGCCACGCAGCGUACAGAGUGGUCAGCACCGACCUUCUGGCUUGUUUGGCAGGAAGACCGACAACUCACAAUUUGAUUUCGAAGGAGAAGGCGCAGAUGACGAGCGCACGCCCAUGCUAGGCAGCGUCAGAACACCGAGAAGCCAGAGAAACUAUGGUAGACGCUUGAACAGCGACAACAGUAUGCGUUCGAUCGACUACUACGGCGUAAGAGAACCGCGAUCACGAUUCAGCAGAGUCGGAGGGUUCAUCCUGGGCCUUCUGGUAGUCAUGAUGGUGACUAUGGGUGCUGUCGGAUUGCUGGUCAUGUUCAACAAGCCCUUGACCAAUUUCCAUGUGGAUAAGAUCCAGAACGUCUUGGCGAGCGAGCAAGAGAUUAUGUUGGACUUGUUGGUUGGAGCUGUCAACCCAAACAUCCUGAGCGUAACUGUGACGGACAUGGAUGUCAACAUAUUUGCGAAGAGCAAGUAUGUCAACCCUAUUGGUAGAGACAACGGUAUCGUACCAGCGACAGCUCAGCGAAGACGUGAUUCUGCACAUGGAGAGGCUGGAGGCACCCCAUGGCAGGACGAACACGGCCACUGGCACGCAGGCUCAGGCGUGGACAAAGGCACGGAUCCGAUCGAAGGCGACUCACAAACGAUGCUCCUCGGUAGAAUUCUACAUUUCGACCAAGCGCUGUGCUUCGAAGGAUCACCGAUCAAGCGACACACUCACUAUUCGCUGGGCGAGCUUCGACUUGGAUAUCCUGGCAACAAGACCGAGAGUGGCGGAUCAGAGCGCUGGGAGAGAGUGCUCCAGUAUCCUUUCGAACUCAUUCUUCGAGGAGUACUCAGGUAUCAGCUACCAAUGAGCAAUCGACGCCAAACAGCAGCCAUCGGGGCCAGUGUAGUGGUGCAUCCAGAAGAUCCGAUAGACAGUCACGGACGCAUGCGCCUAGAAGAGGUGGACCACAGCGAGGCCUGGCAGUGGAUAGAAGUCGAUGAUUUGGACGACGUCGAGACAUCCAUGACAGAGCUACACUAA